UGUUUGUUUGAAUAGUGCCACUACUACAAGUGUUCAGUAAGAAUUUAUGUUACAGCUACCAUGUUGUUGCUGAGAUAAUGCAAUGCACACCAGAUUUUUUAUUAUUUGGUUUCAUUUCGAUUUUUUUUUUUUGGUUGUAAAUAUCACAUUUUUUUUUGAAUAUAUUGGAAUUAUUUUGCAUGUUUUAGAAUCGUUUCGGAAUAAAUUUUUCAUCAUUUUUAUAAUUGAUAAUUGAAAAAAAAUGUCAAGAAGUAGAUGUCGAAUCUAUGUUGGUAAUCUGCCACCAGAUAUUCGUACAAAAGAUAUCGAAGAUUUAUUUUAUCGUUUUGGUAAAAUUACUUUUGUCGAUCUUAAAACACGUCGUGGUCCACCGUUUGCUUUUGUUGAAUUUGCCGAUUCUAGAGAUGCAAAAGAUGCUGUUUAUGAACGUGAUGGUUAUGAUUAUGAUGGAUAUAAAUUGCGUGUAGAAUUUCCACGUGGUCGUGAACGUGGUCCUGGUGGUGUUUUUAAAUCAGGUUCAAGCUCAAGUUCACGGCCACCACCUGCACGUCGUUCUAGUUAUCGUAUUAAAGUUACAGGUUUACCAUCAUCUGGUUCAUGGCAAGAUUUAAAAGAUCAUAUGCGUGAAGCUGGUGAUGUUUGUUACGCGGAUGUUUUUAAAGAUGGUAGCGGUGUUGUCGAAUUUUUACGUCGUGAUGAUAUGAAAUAUGCUAUAAACAAACUAGAUGGUUCAAAAUUUCGUUCACAUGAAGGUGAAACAUCAUAUAUACGGAUUACAGAAGAUUCUUCUAAUUCUCGAUCCAAUUAUCGUCGUGGUUCAAGAACGGCAUAUGGUUCACGAUCCCGUUCACGUUCAAGAUCUCGUUCGCGUUCUCGAUCUCGAUCGAAUUCGCGUUCUCGAUCCCGUUCAUAUUCACGUUCACGUUCAAUAACGCCUGCAGCAAAACGAUCACGUGGUUCACCAACAUAUUCACCACCGGCACGAUCAAGAUCAAGAUCUCGUUCACGAUCUUCUAGAUCUCGUACACCAUCAUCAAGACGUUCAAGAGAAUCACGUUCUCGUUCACUGGAAAUAUCAACAAACAAUAAUAAAACAUCUAAUGGUCAUAAUCGUCAUUCACGGUCAUAUUCACGUUCCGUAUCAUAUAGCCGUAGCCGUUCUCGUACACCUAAUGAUAAUUAUAAUAGAGAUCGUUCCAGAUCUCGAUCUCGUUCACCGGAUAGUUCAUCUGGUGAACGAACAAAUGAAUCAUCAAGAUCAAUACGAAAUGAAGGAAAUUGAAUUGAUGAUGGAAAAAUUUUCCAACAACAACA